AUGGGACAGGCACCUGGGUCUGGGAAGGUCCCUGCAAAGCGGUCUCUCUGGGCCCCUGGGGUUUGUGAAGCCGGCAUCCGGCUGCUACCGCAGGGAUGGGGGCGUGCAGCUCUGAAGGAGCCUGCCUUUGAGAAGCGGGGGCAGGCCCAGGGGCGUUUGGAGGUGACUGGCUCUGCUGCCUCUUUGGUGGAGCCCUGGGCCACAGGGGCGGGGACCCAUCUAAAGGAUGGGAAAGCACCGCGCCGGCGGACAGCGCCCGCCGGGGGCCGACUGAGCGCCCAGCCCGGGCCGGGUAGGGGGCAUCUGGGGCCGAGCGCCCGCCCUGCGGGUCCUGGGAAGGAGCUGCGCGCGGGGGCGCCGGUUACCUUCCUGGGGCUGGGGCCGGGGCGCGGGCGGGCGGUCAGCGGCAGAGCGCGCUCGGGCCGGCCGGGUCCAUGUGGCGCCCCUGGAACUGCGGCGGCAGCUGAAGGGCACCGCGAGGAGGGCGCAUCACAUGUAGGCGCUCCCCGCCCCCCGCCCGCGUCCGAGCGUGACGAGGUGGGCGGGGCCGCGGCGGCUGGGCGGGCGCCCGCGGGAGGCGGGGACCGGAGGGGCGGAGCCGCGCCCCCCUUACCCUCCGAAACGCUGCCCCCGGGCCGGAUUCGGGGGGGAUCCCGGGGCGCGAGCUCCCGAGCCAGCGCGCACGACCCCGGCCCACCCCUCAGUCCAGAAGCCCAGAUACUGCCCCCAGCCACCGCCACCCCCUCUCGUGCGGACGGAUACGUGCGCAGCGCCAGUGAGCGAAGUCCUUUCCCGUCUAGCCGCUGUCGGGGGGAGCUGGGCGUCGCGGCUCUGGUCGCCAUCCCACUCUCCGCCGACGCGCGCGGGAAGGGGUUCCCCGGCGCAGCCGCCCCGCCCCCGCCGCGGCCGCCCCCUCCCCGAGGCCUCCGGGAUUUCCUCUGCGGCGUUAACCGCGCUGCGGGGAGACCGGGGUCGCUGCAAGGCCCAACUGUGCGCAUCGGUGGCCCGCAGGGGCCCCAGCCGGCAGGGGUGAGGAGGGGAGGGGACGGAGGAGGCCAGGGGCACCGCCACUCUGCAGCUGCUCUGGCCAGCGAGGGCCCGGCUGGCCGUGGGGGAGGCUCACAUCCCAGGACGCACGGGGCUGCAGCCUCCCCGGACGCAGGGGCCGUGGGAGCUGGCCGCGGCUCUGUCCAUUCCUCCUGCCAGCUGGCUCUGGGCAAGGAGGUGCAAGGUGGGCGCUCACGGCCCCAUGAGCACCCAGAAGAGGACCUGGGUUCCGGUGACCAGUGCCCAAGCCUGCAGCCGGCCAGAGAGGCAGGAGCUGAGCGGGAGACGUCCAUAACGGCAAGAAAGGCCAAGCCAAGGGCACCCGUCAGCGUCAGCGGGCUGAAGACCCAGGAGGGUGUCGGGGUGGAGGAGGCCCCUGAUCCUUCCACCCCUCCCCACGGGGAGAGAGUGUUGGAAAGGGGGAGCUGUGACUUCCAGAGCUGCUUGGAGAAGGGGGCGACCACGAGGGGCUGUGGCUCCCAUGCCCCCCUCUCCUUCCUGGCUGCUGCCUGGAGCCACCACCCGCCCCUGUGCGCCAAGCUCUGCCAUCACCCCCAUCCUACUCCAGAGGCCUCCUCCACCCCCCAUGGGCUGCCCGGACCAGCCUCGGGGACCUUUCACAGGACACUCCGUCAGAGGCCUGGCUCAGGGCCCGGACAGAGGGCGGUUGGCCUGGGCAGAAAGCCUGCGGCUAGUUCCUCGGCGCACCCGGAGCGGUCAGCCUGCAGCCCGGGAGGGGAGAGGAGGCCGGGGGCCGGGCCGGCUUCUCCGGGUCACGUCCACCACCUCGGAGGGGCCAACGAGCUGAUGCAGGACGGCGACCCCUCGUCCACUGCAGAGUCCAAGCCCCUGUUGUCCCCGUCACCACCCGGUCCACCGCCGGCUAGGGGGCUGUCCUGGCGCCGCGGGGGCCGCUGA